UGCUUGACGUGUUGUGUUGAUUUGGUGUUGAUAUUUGACCGGGUAGGGUAAAAAAAACAAAAAAUAAUUCAACAGCUAAAUUCUCGUUGUAAUAUAUCGUAAUUGCUGGGCAUUGCAACUAACACUAAAUCAAAAAUGCCUAAAGCUGGAAAUGAAGGAGACAUUUUAUUAAAGGAAAAAUAUGUUUCUUCAUCAAAAGAGAGACUUUACAUCAAGCCACCUGAGCAGCAAAAUAUUGUUGUACUAGAAGAGAGGCGCUUCAGAGACAUAACUAACUGGUUUACACAAAUAUUUCUACCUCAGGGCUAUCCAGAUAGUGUUAGCAAAGAUUACUCACCUUACCAAGUGUGGGACACAGCUCAAGCCUUCUGUAGUACAAUUGCAGGCAUCCUUGCAACCCAGGAGGUACUUCGAGGAGUAGGGGUGGGAGACACAAAUGCUACCCCUCUCGCAGCUACUGUUACAUGGGUCCUGAAGGAUGGCUGUGGACAUGUUGGGAGAAUUGUAUUUGCUUUCAGCCAUGGAACUUACCUAGAUGCAUACAGUAAAAAAUGGAGACUUUAUGCUGACACGCUCAAUGACGCAGCAAUGUGCAUAGAAAUAGCUUUGCCACUCUUCCGGAACUACACUACGUUUGCAUUAUGCGUCAGUACUGUCAUGAAGGCUAUUGUUGGUGUUGCAGGUGGUGCUACUCGUGUGGCGAUGACCCAGCACCACGCGAUAAGAGGCAACAUGGCUGAUGUGUCGGCGAAGGACUCUGCCCAAGAAACUGCGGUCAAUCUGAUUGCUUCGCUCAUAGCACUGUCAUUUAUUACUGUAUUUGGAAACAACAUCUUAGUAUUUAUAAUGACGAUAAUUCUUCAUAUUACGUUCAACUAUUUUGCUGUGAGAGCUGUUUGUCUGAAAACAUUGAACGAAUCAAGAUUCCUACAAGUUAUCGAAACAUAUUUGAAGAAAGAAGUUAUAGCUACGCCUUGCGUAAUAAAUCAGAAUGAACCAAUCAUAUUUUAUCAAUUAGGACCAAAUCUGUUAGACUUAAAGAUGACCGGGUUCCAAAUAAAACUAGGGGCUUCAAUAAAAGCGUUCCUAAAGUGCAACCCUAAGGCGGCGAACCUAAAGGUCCUGAGCGAGAUGUACGAGCGGCGCAGGUACAUCCUGCUGGCAGACGUGACGCGCCGCCAGGUGCUGGUGGCGGUGAAGGACGCCGCCACGCCCGACGACGUGCUGUGUGCCUACUUCCACGCCGUGCUGCUGUCCAUCGUCACGUGCGCACUCAACGACCACUACCUGCCUAUAUAUCAGGGCACAUCAGGCUACCCCCGGCCUUUCGCCCUGAUGUGCCAAGCGGUGCAAGCGUCCGAGUGGAGCCGCUCGGCCGUGGAAGGCGCCGCCCCCGGCUGCUUCGCGUACGGCCCUACGGCGGAGCUCAUGCGCUACGUCGACAAGGUUGUCAAUAAGGAGUGGGAUCGGAUGAAGGCCGGCAUGAAGCAGACAGGUUGGGACCUGAGUAAACACCUGCUAAUGGUCGACGAAUGGCGUAUAUCUAAACAAGCCAACGCCACAGAAGAACCACCCUCGAACAAAUUGCACUUGAAUGAAGAAAUCGGGGAACCGGGCAACCGGGAUUUACUCGGCGAUUAUGACGUACACAAUAGAGAGUUUAGUACCGAAUCCAGUAGUAGUAGGACUUUCGAGAGGCUACCGAGUGGAACGAUAUUCAGGAGAUGUUCGGACGCAAGAGUACUGAGCGCGACCGAAGCGAAACCCGACAUGAUUGAUCUCGACAAUCAAUGACUGGUAGACGUCGAAGUGGAUGUUAUUAAGCUGCGUCCGCUACUGCCCGUUAAAAGCAAACUUUGAGUCAGGUAAAGCGCUUUACACAAUACAUUACCAAAUUCAGUCAUCCUCACUAUGAUAUAUCGUCACUACUUUUAAAAAAACUUGUAUCUUCGUCUGUCAAUGAAAAGAAAAUUGUAGUAAGUAUGUAUGGAAUGCAUAUAGACUUACUGCGUUUUAACUUUGAGGAGCAGAGUGAGAUACGAGAUUUUUUUCAAAGUAGUGACGAUAUGUAUAGUUUCCCAAGCAGCAGUGCCGUGCCGUUGCGUGCGCUCUUCAUAUCAUCUUAAGGUUCAAAUGAAAUUGUCCACUCAAAGUGUUUUACAGAUGAGGCCUGCAUAGCUUACCCAUUAGGCGCUGGUCCCACCAAAAGCGAGUAACCGAUGAGCUAUCGGCUAUAAAAAUGAACAAAAGAUACUCGCUCCCGUGUAAAUAAAAGAGACUUCGUCGCCGAGCGAUGAACUAUAAAUCGCUCGUUCUCUAGCGUGCGACUCUCUUCUAUUCGUUUCUAUGCGCUACUUCUACGCUACGUUCUACGCUUUUUGUGUUGCCAGUGCCUUAAUCCCUAUAAUAGUGUCAAAAUCCAAGUUGUCAUCAAACUAAUAAGGGGCCUUGAGCGUUGAAGGUUUCUCCAUCUCGUGGCCUGAAUCGGAAACACAGCAUAUUCUACAGUACAGUAAAAUACCGAUUAUAUUCCUCAAACCAGUUUUGUUAAGUAACAUUCAAAAAUUAUGAUUUCCUUAGAUUUCUAUUUUAUUAUACAAAUUAAAUAUUAACUUCAAUGUACGCCGCCAUCAUUUUUACAUAAUUUAUGACGUUGCCUGACACGCCAUAGACAUAACAAAGUUCGCAAUACCUACAGUCAACCAAUUGGAACCAUAUUGGAACCCUAGGCCACUCGACAACCAUGUCAAAUGACAAGCAGUAAGAGAUUCCUUACAAUCUGAUUUAUAACGUCACUAUGACAUAGUUCUACAGCGGCCUAGGCAUUCCAAUUGGUUGACUGUACAUUGCGUCUUAGAAAAAACUUAAAUAGGUGUACAAAAAUCUAAAUAGAAAUUUAUCGGUCCUGUUGUAGGGGACACCUAGUAUUUGGGCUUUUUGGUGACCUUGUAGAAAUUCUAGAUGCCAAAAACGUGUUGACUGAAAAUAAUAGAGUUAAGCCAUUCUACACGCGAAUACACAUUCCAAACAGUUCCUAGAGUCAUGCCAAUUCAUAAUACAUGUUAUUGUAUUAUUCACUUCAUAUUAUUGUACGCCUCUCUGAGGCAGGACAUUGAAGACCGUUGUACUAUUAGCUACAAAAGUGCAUGGAGAAAUUAUGAAUGAGUUCAUUGAUAAAUUCGCCUUGCACUUUUGCAGGUGAUAGUACAUUAGAAUAACAUCUCUGUAACUCAUGACCAACCAUAAAUAUUUUGAUUUAUUGAAUAUUUAACGUGAAAGUAUUAUAGCGUAGAGCCUAGACAUGAGUAUAAUUUAAAAAAAAAGUUAUAUGCAUAACUAAAAGUCUAAAUGAUAUGCAAGUAUUUUUGUACAUACAUAAAAUGUUGCCUAAACAAUUACAAUAUUCCUAUGUAUAGAUAUUUCAUUAUUCAAUAUAUACUACUCAAAAGUAAAUAAGAAGUAAUUAAGAAUUUCGGCGAUUACAGGAAUACUAAUUUCAUGGUUAUUCAAAUAUUGGAAACUAUUGACAACUUAUUUAAAUUUUAUUAGACUUAAUAGCAAUAGCAACAAAAGCGUCUUUUUAUUGGUUUUGAAAAGAUAUACGGGCUGUUUUGUGAAAACUACAGGGUGUUUAAAAUGUAUGAAAUGUUGGGAAGUUGCUAACUUUCCGGCCGCUAAAAAUUCUGGUGUCUACGGAUUUGUAAAAUUAAUACUGAAACGUACUAAAGAAUAACUCGUUUUUCACGUUACAGUAAAAAUAUAGGCCUUAGGGUUUCCACUUUUUCUUAAUUCAAGUUUAAAAAUGUAGCUUAACAUUUUUUUCGCGAGUACAAUUUUUUAUUUCAGCCCAGAAAAGUACUCAACAACCUAACCUAUCUGAUAUUUAAAUUUGGCAAACGAGGCACCUGAGGCCCAUUUCUCGAAGCUACAAGUCACAAUUUACAAGUGGUUGUCUAUGUCUAAUAUGACAAGUUGGAAAGAGACUUCCGCUUGUAACUUUCAGUUUUGAGAAAUGGGCCCUAAGUAGACAUCCUGUUUUAACGUUACGCUUUUCAUGUAGCGUUCAAAACACUUAGUGACGCUUAUUUUCUUUUCAGUAGUAUAAGUACACCUUUUUUUGUAUUCCGUGAAAUACGACACGUCUUUAUGUCCAAUAACAGGAACCAUCCGGCAUUGCUUUUUGUUAAAUUGGAAAAAAAAAAUGUUUUCAUACAUAACUAAUUAAUGAGUUUACUUGAACUUUAAGAAUAACAUAAAAGUUAGUGUCAAGUAUCUGACGGUACAUGUUAAAACAAAUAAGUCAAAUAACCUAAGGAAGUGGUAAAGGAUGUCCACACACGUGUUCAGUAAUAACAUUUUUUUUAAUAACUCGAUAACCGUAAGAGUUAAGACGCUAGUUUAUUAGGAAAUUAAUUGUAUUUGACCUAAAAAAACCUUUCCUUUAGGUUAACGGAAUUAAAUAAAAACAGGUUGUAUAUUAUAUCAAUAUCAUCGUAGUAGCUGAUGCGAGAACUGGGGCUGAUUUUUGAAUUUCGACCACCUCGAUUUUGUCACUCAAAAAUUAGGUCAUUGCAAAAUGCUAUUUUCAUAAUACGAGCGAUAUAAAAUUGAGAAUCUACUAAUAUUAACCAGUUCUAUUAGUAAUAUUAGUAUAUUUAAAAAGCAGUAGUGGAGAUGAUAAUGAACGAAAUACAAGAAAUUGCGCGAUCGAAAUUUUAAUAUCUGGUUCAUUUGAUCAUUGAUUAUAACUGUUUAUUUGUUGCAUAUCUGUUUCGUAUGUGAGGAAUAUCUUUUUAAAAGGACUUAUUUCUCUAUGAAAACAUUAAAAAAAAACUCCUGAAGAGAUUUACUCUUAACCCUUUUGAAAAGACAUUCCUUAUACGUUGAAAUUGUUUCCUACCAUCUAAUAUCAUUAUUGGAUUCCAAUAGCUAUACGACGGUCGAGUAAAUACCCGCAUCGCAGCUCUCCAGCUAUUGUUAUACAUAAUUGUAUUUAUGUACGCCGAAACUUACGUAACAUAUGUAUUUGAUGUUGUUAUGGCACUCAUAACAAGCCUGUGUUGCACCUUGUGCAAGUCAUUUGUAGUAGAAACUAUAGAAGAUGUAAACCUAAAUAAUAAAAUGAUUAUGAUGCUAAAGUACCAAACAAUAUAGUACGUAGUAAAUGUAACUAGUGAGAUAUGAGUAAUGCUACAAAUGUACACACGCCAUGUACGUGUACAAAAACGUGUCCUCCAGUGAAAGAUAUGUGUAAUACAUAUUGUCCGUGUAGGUAUGUAACUAUGUACGUACAAAAUAAAUUAUAUUUUAUACGUACGUAUUUUAACACAACUGUAAGUAUGAAAAUAAAAUACGUGUAAAACU